AUGACGAGAUUCAAGUGGUUUUGGACCCUUUGGGCCGUCAUGUUUUUGGCUGGGGAAGGCGCUGUAAGUUGAGAAAAAAUAUAGAAGUUUUUGACCGAUUUUUUAUGAUUUUUUGACGAAAAAAAUGGAAAACUACUACAAUCACGACGCUCAGAUCUUGCUGAAACUUGGCACAAAUUUAGAGUAAUUUUUUAUAAGACAUAUGUGAGAUUUCUAGCUUGCAUUUUGCAGAAAUAUUCGAGAUUUUAGACCAAAAAUUGGAAAAAAUAUGAAUUUUUUUUUGUAAAUUUCACCACAAAAAACGGCAUGCCUAUUUCUACAGUAGAGAGUAAUAUUUCCACAAAAAAUCAAUUUUUUCCGCGCGAAACUGGCAAAGAUACGACCAAAAAAGUAAAUUUUCUUUGACCGCUCUCCGCAUUACGCGUGCUCUCUUGGUCGAAAAGAUGGUUGAAUAUCUCGGCUCUCACUGCAAAGGGUGAGCUAAAAUUUUCAGGAAUUGAUAUCUGGACCAUGCUCAAAGAAUGUGCAAAAUUUGGUGAAAAUCUGAGCGUUUUUAAAAAUGUCUAUGCACUUUAUGAAAAUUCUAAUCUCGCCCAAUAACUACUUUUUCAGGCUCAAUACCACCCUCUGAUCGCCCGUCGACAUGCCUCAUCCAACAGCAUGGAGGACGUCCCUCCUCCGGGGAUGACGUCAUUGACGUUUGUCUUCGAUCGGACCGGCUCCAUGAACGACGAUCUGGUCCAGGUGCGGCACGGUGCAAAAGGCAUUUUUGAGACGGUGAUGAAGCAGCGAAAGAAAUUGAUCUACAACUAUGUGCUAGUUUUGUUCCACGAUCCGGACGUGGAUCCGCCGUUCAUCAGUACCGAUCCCGACGUCUUCCAGCAGGAGUUGGCGUCGGUUACGGUGCAAGGAGGAGGCGAUUGUCCGGAAAUGACGCUCUCUGGUAAGGGUCGUUGUGCUUGGUCGCCGAGAUUUUUUGAUCGGUAUGCCGGGAAAAUAAUGUGGAUAGGCGCGGCUGGAGAUUUGAUGCGCGAUGUGUACUGAGACGAAUCCACAUUAUUUUCCGGACAGACUGAUAAAUCCACACCAUUUUCCCGACGGACUGAUAAAUCCACAUUAUUUUCCCGACAGACUCAUAAAUCCACGUUAUUUUUCCGACAGACCGAUAAAUCCACAUUAUUUUUCCGACAGAAUGACAAAUCCACAUUAUUUUUCCGACAGAAUGACAAAUCCACAUUAUUUUCCCGACAGACAUCAAAGGUCAGUCCAGCGUUUUGUUGGAUCGCUUGAAGGGAUCUAAAAGUCUGUCGGGAAAAUAAUGUGGAUACUAGUCGUUCCUUGAAGUACGCCGACUUUUUUCGCAAAGCUUUUUUUUCAUUUUUCGCCCUGUGCAAUUCAAAAAGUCGCCCCAAAUUUUGGACCGACAAAUUGCACAGUGCAAAAAAAAAAAAAGAAAAAUGUGCUGUUCGCUACAAAAAGUCUACGCACUUUACUUGAUCCAGUGGCAAAAAACGUACCAUUUUGCAUCCGGGAAGCAUCAAAAAUGUGGCAAAAUGUUUCCCUUUCCAAGUGAAAAAACUUGGUUUGGCGCGCCCUUUCCGUCACAAAAAGAGCGGGCGCGCAUUUGAAAUGGGAGCCUUUUUACUUGGAGAGGGAAGCAUUUUGCCACAUUUUUGAUACUUUCCGGAUGCAAAAUGGUACGUUUUUUGCCCCUGGAUCAGGCGUCUCACUGUAAUUUAGAGCCUUGACGGCAAAGCUUCGGCCAUCGUCGCUUUGCGAGGGCUUGUCGCGGUUGCGCGACAGGGGAGACAUUUUACUGCGACCAUCCCCAAUAUUUUCCCGACAGAUUGAAAAAUCCAAAUUUUUUGGCCACUUUCCAUAAAAAAAGUAUUUUUCAGGCAUCAAAAAAGCGCUGGAAGUCUCAUUACCCGGCUCCUACAUCUACGUCUUCACGGACGCACGAGCCAAAGACUACCAUCUUGAAGAGCGUGUCCUGAACCUGAUCCAGGAGCGCCAAUCGUCGGUGGUGUUCGUGAUGACCGGCGACUGCGGGAACCAAACCUCUCCCGGCUACCGCGUCUUCGAGCGCAUCGCGGCCGCCUCCUUCGGGCAGGUGUUCCACUUGGAGAAGUCGCAUGUGAACACGGUCCUGGAAUAUGUUCGACAAGCCGUGCAACAGCGCAAAAUCCACUUGUUGUACGAGGUCCGAGAGCAUGGGAAUGCGCAUAUCAGCCCGAUCGCGGUGGAUGGCGCCAUGACCGAGCUGACGAUUUCGUUGUCCGGGCAGAGGGAUGACAGCGACUAUUUGAACAUCUCGUUGAUCGAUCCGGAGGGCGAUGCGGUCGAUAGAAGCCGGUACGAACAUCAAGAAGGAACGAUUGAUUUGAGGAAUGUGAAGGUGAGCUGGGAAGGGUUUUUAACAAAUUUUUCAAGGGAGUGUUUUGACCCUGUCACAACUUGAAGUCUGCUGAACAGAGAUAGUGUAAUACAGAUAUUGAAAAACGUUGAAGUAUCUGAAUGGGUAGGUAAAAAAUAGGCUUUGUUCUAGAGUUUCCUUAGCAAUUAGCCAGAAAACUUCGAUGGGCUUUGUAGCCAUAUCUUGGCCAGUUUUGUGCGGUGUCAUGAGUUAGCUAUGAGUCGUGGUGUAAGAUGGCCCUUAACUUGCCCACUACUACUAGUAUUCACUACCCUCUGAUAACCCGGAGACACAAACUAGAGGACUCUGGCAAUAAAACUCUGAACUCACGAUAUUGACUCCAGAGGAUGUGACCACCAUACAACAACAAUAGACUACAGUAGAAAAUACAACGGUUUAUUGCACACAACACAACCGGGAAAAGACAAAACACAAAAAUAAUACUAUCAUAAUUGGCGAUUUCUCUUCCUUUUAUACCAAUUUGUCGGUCAUUCCGUGGGAAUAUGCAAAUUCGCACGCGAAGUCGUGACAGCGGACAACUACAUAUUUUAUGUGGCAGCAUUGCCUUCUAAAAAACACAAUUUAAAAAUUACUUGAAUCAGCUUCAAAGUUUUUGUGGAGAAACGCACAAAAAAAGUGCCGCAUUAUCACCAACUUUUGCCUUAAAAAUCUUGUUUUAUUAUAUUUACAAAGCGACAUCUAGGAAACUCGCAUACUAUAUAGUGCGUUCCCAAAGCACAAGCUAUCAGUCCGUCGGAAAAAUAAGGGCGGAUCGUCGCAUCAAAAUGUCUCGCCUCGCCGCUAUCGCGCACCAAAUCCCAUGUCGCGGCUUGCAGUCGCAAAGCGAUGAUGGGCGAUUCCGAGGCGCGACGAUCCGCCGUUAUUUUCCCGACAGACUGAUUGAAAAGAAAUUUGAUCUUGUCGCAACACAGUUCAUUUUCUCCGCGACGAUGCGAUUUUCUAUGCGACAAAGUGCUCAUUAUUUUCCUGACAAACUGAAUAUGAACAAUCCCCGUCGCCUGCCUCUAACUCAUACUCUUCAGCUGAUCCGCGUCUCCAACCCGGAGCCGGGGAUGUGGCAAGUCCGCACCACCGCCAAAUCCAUGCACACCCUGCGCGUCUUCGGCCACAGCGGUGUCGACUUCAAGUUCGGCUUCUCGACUCGAGUGGUGGGCUCCAUUGACUUGGCCCACCCACGCCCCAUCGCCAAUCAACUCACCUACCUGAUGAUCAACAUGACCGGCCUCGAGCCGCCGGGAAUGCUGCAUCAAGUCACGUUGCUGGACUAUCAUGGACGUACAUUGUACAAGAAUGAGACGACGAUUCAUCCGGGCAACCCGUAUUUGUAUUAUGUGGGGCCGUUCAUGCCUCCGAAGGGAUUCUUUUUCAUCCGAAUUCAAGGAGAGGAUGAUACGGUGAGUUUGAAUAGCACUGAAAAACAUUAGUUUCAAGACUUUGAGAGCUUGAAUUUUAACGAGAAAUUGCGGCUUUUAGGGUGAAAAAGAUGGAAAUUUUUUUUGCACAGUGCAAAUUUGUAGUUGAAAAAAGCCUAUGCUUUUGCACGGUGCGAUUUUUUAGUUGAAAAAAGCCUAGAUUUUUUCGCCGUGCAAUUUUUUAGUUGAAAAAAGCCUAUGAUUUUGCAUUGUGCAAGCUUGUCGUUAUAAAAUUUUGCACAGUGCAAUUUUUAGUGAAAAAACCUAGAAUUUUGCACAAUGCAAUUUUGUAGCUGAAAAAAGCCUACGGUUUCGCACCGUACAAUUUUUUUGUGCAAAAAGCUUAGAAUUUUGCAUAGUGCAAUUUUGUAGUCUAAAAAAGCUUAGAAUUUUGCACAGUGCAGUUUUCUAGUCCAAAAAAGCCUAGAAUUUUGCACAGUGCAAUUUUUUAAUCAAAAAAGAGCAAGUUUUUGCGAAUUUCUGAGCUAACAAAUCCACAUUAUUUUCCCGACAAACUGAUAGUCCCAUCUUUUUUCCAGAACUACGAGUUCAUUCGAAUCUCUCCGACCGCCAUCUCCACCGUCGACGCGACCGGUCCUCGCGCCUACAUGGCCGAGCGAACCACCGCCACCGCCUAUCAACCGGUCAACCUCAGCUGUUCCAUCGAGUCCGUCGCGCCGUACACGGUCUAUUGGAAGCACGGGAACACGCAAAUCGGAGGUCCCCUGUUCUACAAACACACCGACACCUCGGUGUGGACAAUUGACGUCGUUUCGCCCCAUAAUCGCGGCUACUACAUGUGCGAGGUGGUGUCGGAGAACGGGAAUUUCACCGCCAGAACGUAUUUGGACACCAAAGAGCCGCCUCCGCACAUCAUUCAGCCGCGAAAUGAGAGCGUUACAGUAGGACAGGCGGCCUUCUUGCACUGCCAAACCCAAAGCAUCGAACAGGCGAGCAUUGUGUGGCUGAGGAAAGGAUUUGUGGUCGGGAAUUCCGGAAAAGUGGUAAGAAUUUUGUUGGAAGCAAAAAAAAAUUUUCGCACAGUGCAAUUUUGUAGUUGAAAAAAGCUUACGGUUUUGCACAGUGCAGUUUUCUAAUUGAAAAAAGCCUAGAAUUUUGCACUGUACGGUUUUCUAGGUCAAAAACGCCUGCAGGUUUUAACAGUAAAAAAUUUUUAGUUAAAAAAAUCUGGUCUCUCGUCAAGCGGUCGUAUUUUACAUAGUAUUUUUACUUUUUUUCAAAUUUUUUUGCACAGUGCAGUUUUCUAGUUGAAAAAAGCCUAGAAUUUUGCACUGUGCAGUUUUAUAGUUAAAAAACGCCUAUAGUCUUGCACAGUGCAAAAUUUUGAUUUUAAAAAUCAAGUCCGAAUUCGGCGACUCGUAUUUUACAAAGCAUUUUUGCUCUAUUUUUUGAAUAUCUUUUGCACAGUGCAGCUUUCUAGUUGAAAAAAGCCUACGAUUUUGCACAGUGCAGUUUCAUAGUUCAAAAAUGCCUAUAGCUUUGCACGGUGCAAAAUUUUGGUCAUAAAAAAUUCGUUUUAAAACUCGUAUUUUACAAAGAAUUUUUACUUUUUUAAAAAAUCUCUUUGCACAGUGCAAUUUUGUAGUUGAGAAAUGCCGAGAAUUUUGCACUGUGCAAUUUCUGGCAAAGAAAAAUCGUUUCAAAUUUACUGCGCACCCGUUUUCCGCGAAGAGCGCAGCGCUUUCCCGAAACGGGAGGGCCGUGGUCUCGUGGUGUAGUGGUUAUCACGUCUGCUUUACACGCAGAAGGCCGCCGGUUCGAACCCGGCCGGGACCUAAAAAAAUUUUUUUUUGUUUUCUCUAAAAUUCUUCUUUUUUAGGUGUAAAUAAAAUCGCCAAUGACUUUUAUUUGUCCAUAAAAAUGUAUUUUAGCCCUGAAAAAUAGCUUUUUUUCAGUACCAAUCCCCAAAUGGGACGCUUCGAAUCUUGGACGCCUCUCAUGUGGAUUCGGGCCAAUAUCUGUGUCGCGCCACCACUUCCGGAGGCAGUGCCGAAGCCAGAGUCUUCCUCCAGGUCUACGACAAGCCUCAAGUCGUCGUGGAUCCCAAGGAAUUGUUUGUGGUUCCGCAUUCGGACCUCACUUUGCGCUGCACCGUGCGCGGAAUCCCCUUGCCAGUGGCCGAAUGGCUUUUUAAGGGGGUCAAAAUUGAAAACGAUGACCAUCAUUAUGUGACAUACGAUAGUAAGUUAAUUUUGGGUAUUUUAGUUUUUUGAAAAUUCGAAGAAUUCGAGUGCACUGUGCAGAUUUUGAAUUUUCACUGCACAGUGCAGUUUUUUUGGGGUGCGAAUUUUUGCGGCGAAUUUUUUGGGUUGUAAAUUUUGAUGGCAAGUUGAAAAACAAAAAAAAAAUAUUUUUUUGGAUUUUGCAAAAUUCAAAAAUUUUGCCCAAAAAAAUUUUGCACUGUGCAAAAUAAAUUCUUCGGAGAAGAAAAUUCAGCUGUCGCAAAAAUUUUUUAUGAUCCUUUGAGGUCAUGUCAGGCGAAAUUUAUCUUCCGUUUGCCUCAAAAAUGAUAAAAACCCCAAAUUUUCGAACAUUUUCACCCCUAAAAUAUGUAGACAAAAAAGUAAAAAAAAAAUUAUUUUCAGACGAACUCAUCAUCCGGAACAUUGGCCAAGCGUCGGUUGGGACCUACGAGUGUCGGGCUUCGAAUCCGGCGGGGAUUGCGGCGGAUUAUACGACGGUAAAAUUCGCUGAGAAGCCGAUAAUCCAUGUCACCCAAAAUCGGCACAUGGUCUCGCGGGGAAGUUCGGUUUUCUUGGAUUGUCGCGUGAUUACCGCAAAUCCUGCGCCGACCAUAAAGUGGUUCAAAGAUGGCCGACCUGUGUGGCCAAAUCAAAACAUUGUCAUCGAGGGCGGAAGGUUGAGCAUUCAGGUGGGAAUUUUGGGAUUUUUUUUUCAUUUUUUGGCAGUAAAAAUUCUUCAAGUGCGACGUUCAGAUUUUAGAUGAAAUUUUUCGAAGUUUUUAGCUUGCGCCUUGCACAAAUGAACGAGGUUUUUUAAUUUUUUAGGUAAAAAUUUGAAGAUUUUUUUGCGAUUUUUGGCACGAAAAGUCUUGUGCUUGUUUCUACUGUAGAGUGUAAUAUUUCUACAAAAAAUAAAUUCUUUUCCCACGAAACUGGCAAAGAUAUGGCCAAAAACGUUUCUUUUCUCUGACUGCUCUCGAGUUUUCGCGUGCUCUCUCGACCGCAAAGAUUUGAAUGUCUUUUCUGCGUCUGCAAAGGGCAAGCUAAAACUUUUAAGAAUCUAUAUUAUUUAUAUACUAUACGUGCACUUUUCCUGAAGCGCAUACAAAGAAAACAAAAAAAAAUCGCACCGGCGCACUUGAAACCUUCCAUUUUUCAGCACUCGCUCGACUCCGAUGCCGGAGUUUUCACUUGCAAAGCGGAGAACAUGGCUGGAGAAGAUUCGAAGAGCGUCACGGUGACGAUUGGGCGUAAGUUUUCAGUUUGUAAAGUAAAUUUAAAAAUUGAAAAAAAAAUUGGGGCCGGGCCGGCCCAGCUCCAAAAUUUUCCGGACCGUCUCCAUAAUCCAUGUCUGAAAGCCAGUUUUCCCAAUUUCAGACUCCCCAUCCAUUGUUCCAUCCCCAGAACAACUCUCCGUGAACAUCGAACAGUCGGUCACCUUGCAAUGCCGUGUUGUUGGAACCCCCAAACCGAUGAUCACCUGGCUCAAGGACCAAAAAGCGAUCGAUGUGACCAGCCCGCGAUUCACGGUUCUGCCGGAUGACAGUUUGGUCAUUCAUAAUGUCCAGGUGAGAUUUUGGCAAAAUUGAUUUUUUGAUUAGCCAAAACCCUCAAAAAAACUCUUUUCAUCCCAAAAAGCCCUCAAAAAAUUGCAGGUGGAAGACCAAGGCUACUACACCUGCAAAGCGGACAACGAGUUCGGGCAGCAACAACGCAACACCCUGGUCGUCGUGACCGGACUGGUGUCGCCGAUUCUGGCGCAAGCGCCCAAAGACGCGCAUCUAAUCGAGGGCCAAGAUCUUCGCUUGGGUUGCAUUGUGUUAAUGGGGACGCCGAAGCCGCAGGUUCAAUGGCUCAAGGAUGGGAGGCCGUUGGAAGAGUCGGCGAACGAGCUGCUCGAGCCGGAUGGAAGUCUGAUCCUGAAGGGUGGAACGGAGGAUCAGCAGGGACAUUACACUUGUGUCGCGAUCAGUCCGGCUGGAAAUGCGACGCUGAGCAUCGAUGUGCAAUUGAUCAGUGGGUUUUUGAGGGUGCAGGGGAGUUGGGGAAUUGGCUGAAAAAGCGAUAGAAAAAAUUUUAUGGACAAAAAAUUUUUUUUUUGAAUUUUGAAAUUUUUUAAUUUUGAAGCAAAAACAUAUAAAAAUUUUUUAUAUUACCCCCAAAAAGUAUCAAAAAGUAUCCCGGAAACAGAAAAAAAUGCUAUUGAAAGCGUUUGAAACACAUUUUUAGACUUUUUCCGUGGUUUUUAUUAUUCUGAUAUUGAAAAAAAUUUUAAAAAAUAAUUGAAAAUGCAACAUCCUGUCUCAUUUUUUGAGGUGAUUUUUUUUGUGAAAUUUAGUUUUCUUUGCUGUUUUUUUUUGAGAUUUGCCGUAAAGUUUCUAUCAGAUAUUUUUUUACAUUUUCCAUAAAAGUGAACAUAUAGAUUUCCUAGCGUUUUACCCUCUAUAUCACUAAAAAUUAUAAAAAUUUUUUUUUUGUUACUUUUUUUAUUUUUUCCUACUGUUAUCUUCCCCUCUGUUGCCUAUUUUUGUUCCUUUUCCCCUUCAGUGCGUCCGGUUGUGGUGGAUGAAUAUGCGCCGAGAGAGGUGAAGGUGAGGUCCGGUGACCAGCUGGACCUCAAAUGCCCCAUCUCCAGCACGAGUGCAACGAGGAUUUCGUGGGAGGAGAAUGGCGAACCAAUCACGGGAAAUUCAAAUUCUCAUUCGAUUUUGGUAAGUAAAUUGGUGAAUAAAGUUAAAAAAUUGAAAAAAAAAAAUUUCGAAAACAUUUACAUUUGUUGCGAAUUUUGGCUUGAAAAGUUUUUUACUUAUUUCUACCGUAGGGCAUAAUGUUUCUACAAAAAGUUAAUCUUUCCAUGUGAAAUUGGCAAGAAUAUGGCCAAAAACUUGAUUUUUCCGACCGCUCUCCCAUUUCACGUGGUCUCUCGUCGUAAAAAGACUUUCAUAUUGCGGCUAGCCUUUGCAAUGCUUCUAUGCUUUGUUCUGAGAGGCCUCCAGAUCCUUGAAUUCUUCUCAAAAAGGUCGGGAAAUGCAUCAAUAGAUAAUGCAAUUUGGGGGUAUAAGAAAAACUUGGGAUAUUGUGCUUCAGACAUGAAGAAAAUACCUCCAGUUUUGCGGCAUGUUGUUUUCGGUCUUCAAGCAAGAAUAGAGCUCAGAAAACAGCGUAAUAGCAUGCUUAAGGUGGAAGAUCUCCUCAUGGUUCUCUGCUGAUGGCUCGCACAAUUCAAAAAAACUUUCUACGACCUUAUCCAUGAUUUCCGGGAAGCUUUCUUUUAUUUGGGUCAGAAAUUUGUUCAGUAUUCCGGUCAUUGUGUGCUUUGGGGCGGGAAGAAUGUUCUCCAGCUUCACGUGGAGGAAGCCUCGGCUGUAGCUGAAAAUUUCGAAAUAGAAUUUUUGAGCGGUGAUUUGUGGCUAAUAAAAAGCCAAAUAAUUUAAAAAAAACUUUUUUUAUUACGUCAAAAAAUCAUAUUUUUAAGCCCGACAACUCCCUUCGAAUCCACAAAACCGACCAAAUCCACGCCGGAGUUUACACUUGCAAAGCCACCAACGAAGCUGGAGAAGUGGCGUACAAUGUGAAUGUGGAGAUUCAAACCGCGCCGGUGAUUACGAGUGGCCGCAGCUCCUACGAACUCAUCCUCGGAGACACGGUGAACUUGGAUUGUGAUGUGGAGAGCGACCCGCCCGCCGACAAAACUUGGUGGGUCUCGAAAUAGAGGUGGUCGAAAAUUAGGUCAAAAAUUCCGGUCAAUUUUUUUAGUGGAUAACGUUUUUUAAAUCAUUUUUGCACGGUGAAAUUGUCUCAAAUUUCGGCACACGACGAAAAGUCCGUGUACUUUAUGAAAAUGCUAACAGCCGUUCCAGAAAGUGCGCGGACUUUUUUCGGCUCUUUUUCGCACCGCACACUUUUCGCGCGCCCAAAAUUCGCGCCGGCUCCUCCGUCGUUGCGAUAUUGCACUAACACGGUGCAGAAGGUUAAAUGCAACCCGCACAAAAAGGUUUUUGUGCACGGCGCGGCCACCACAAAAAGUCCAGCACUUUUUGAAAGAGCGUAAUAAUAUCUUUUAACCAUUAUUUCCAGGUACUUCAACGACGUGGAGCUGGAAGCCCCGAACAUUGAUGAGUACGGUUCGUUGGUGCUCGAGUCUGUGGACGAGAACAACCGUGGCACCUACAAGUGUGUUGCCAAGAACGACAUUGGGCAGGACGAACGGAGCAUCCUGGUCACCGUCCACAUUGCGCCGCAGAUCGACAAGUCCAAGUUGAUCCGUUCCAAGAGCGCGAAAGUCAACGAAACCGUCGUCCUCGAGUGUCCCGCUCGCGCCUUCCCGCCGCCCGAGCGCAACUGGACCUACGAGGACUCCAAGUUGGACAAAAGCGCGUUGGAUCCGAGCGUCAUGAAGAUCUCAAAUGACGGGAGUUUAAUCUUGUACAAGGUCCAGCUCAGUCAUGCUGGGAACUACAAAUGCCAGGUGUCGAAUCUGGCGGGUAAUGACAAUAUCACCUACUCGCUGCAAGUCCAAUCCCCGGCCAAGAUCUUGACGCAACUCCCGGUCAAGACAAAAGUCAUCGCUGGCAUUCCGUACACGUUGAACUGCAAGGUCAGCGGCACGCCGGAACCGUCGUUGGUCUGGGAAAAGGAUGGUGUGGUGAUCUCGGGCGACGCCUCCAACUAUUUGGUAACGCACUCGGGCGCGCUGAGGAUUAAAAGUCCCAGUGCUGGAGAGGCGGGCGUGUACAAGUGCACGGCGAGGAACAUCGCGGGAGAGGAGAGUGUGGAGACCAUAGUUGAAGUGAAAUGUAGGUGAAUACAAAAUACGGAGGAAGCUCUGUACAACGAACCCGUUUGUGAGAUUUGAUGCGCUGAUUUUUAGCGCAUUCUUUUCUAAGCCAGUCGAGAUUUUUUGUUCGAAGAGUCGGCGACAACAUGAAUAUGUUUUGUUUAAGCUUCAAUGUCAGUGUGUCGGGAAAAUAAUGUCGCUGUGCCGACCGCGUCACUUGAGUGAAAAGCAAUUUAAUGUUGUCGCGAAUUCAUUUUUAAGGCGGCGAUGCAAUUUUUGAUGGGGCAGAGUUCCCAUUAUUUUCAAGACAGGCUGACUACCUUUUUUUUCAAAAGUGCGUGGACUUUUUGUCGCGGAGAACAGUGUAUUUUGCCCUUCUUUGUACUAUGAUCGGGCAAUUUCGAACCAUUUCGGAAGGCGUACCACGAAGCGAUAUUUUGAUGCACGGUGCGCGUCAAACUGAGGAGUCCGGUGACCGGAAUAGACCCUUCGCUAUCGGCUUUUUACACUUCGUCUUGAUUUUGCAGAGAAAAAGAGAAAAAAAGACACGCAAAAGCGUACUCUCUCGCCCCAAAAAUUCCCCAUUUCUUCCCCGACAAAAAAUUUUUUCGCGUUUUUUUUUGGCAAAUUGCCAAUCCAUUCACCGGACUGUUUUAGAUUAUCUCAGUUUGACGUGCGGUGCGCCAUCUUCGCGACAGGUGAGAUGCUCUGUCAAAAAUGGGGGUCCUUUCCUAGCGACGAGAAUUCCACACACUUUCGAAAAAGCGUUUAUAUAUCCAAGUUUUGUUGCACAGAUGCUUCUUCUGAAGGAGUCUUACUAAAUUACAAGUUAAUUUUUUGCAGCUCCACCUGUCGUUAAACAAAAUCAAAAAUCAAAAUAUCAGUUAUUGGAAGAUCAACCAGGUUUCAUUCACUGCUAUGUCGAUGCUAUUCCCCAGCCGAAGAUCGAAUGGUACAUGGACAAUAAACCCGUCAGCAGCAAUGAAGACAUCAUUGUCUUGCCGAGUAAGUCGCAAAACAUUUCUUUGCACCGCAACAAUCACAAAACAUCUCUCAUUUUUCAGAUGGCACCUUAUACUUGACCAAGGUGAACAAACAAACUUCGGGUCUGUUUUCCUGCGUCGCGAUCAACGAAGCCGGCCGGACGGACGCUCUGAUCACCGUCGACGUCCUGGAGAAACCGACCAUCAAGCAGGACACAGUCACUGAGGAGCAAUUCGUCAUCAACGAUCAGCCAUUGGUCCUCCAUUGUCCGGUCACCUCGAAUCCCGUCCCGCAGAUCCAAUGGCUCGCGCAUGGGACGGCGGUGAACAGGUCGAGUCCGCAUUAUGUCGUCAGCGACGAUGGGAGGAGGCUGAGCAUUUUGCAUACGAAUGUGAAGGAUAGUGGGAGGUUCGAGUGUAUCGCGUCGAAUGCCGCUGGCGAGGUUCGCAAAGACUUUGCAAUCGAGGUUAUGAGUAAGGAAAUUUUUUUAUAUUAUAAAAUAUGUGUAGAUUUUGACGUUUUUGCUUUUCAUCUUUUAUUUGAGCGAACACUUUUGCUUUUCAAAAUGAAAAGCGGUGGAAAAAACUCAAUGUGAAAAUCCUACGGGCUUUAUUGUGUGACUAGAAAAAAAUUGGCAGAUUUGCUUUCCAAAAAAUUUUUAAUUUCGCUUUUAAAAAAAGAUUUUCGCAAUUUUGCUUUCCAAAAAUUUUUAAUUUUGCUUUUCAAGAAAGAAAAGAAUUCGCAGAUUUGCUUUCAAAAAAUUCUUAAUUUUGCUUUUCAGAAAAAAACUUUCGCAAAUUUGCUUUCCAAAAAAAUUUUUUUUAGUUAAAAAUGCUUUUCUUUUUUCAGUACCCCCUCAGCUCGAUGAAUCAACGCAAAAACGGAAAAUCACCGUGAUUCAAGGGAACCGCGUGGAAAUCCAUUGUCCAGUCAGCGGUCAUCCCAAGCCCAAUAUCACGUGGCUGGCCACGCUCGGAAGCAACUCGAACAAACAAGGACUUCAGGAGGACAAUAAGGAUGCAGUAAGUCGUUUACUGCUCGAAUUACAUUUCUAAAAAGUUUCAUUGUGAUUUUUUGAGUUAUAAAAUUCAAAUUUGGGUCUCGACACGAAAACAAUAAUUUUUUGAAAAUUCAAAGAUUUCUGGGAAAUAUCGAAAAUCUGUUGGUUUGGAUAAAAUUUUAAUUAAGUUUACAGUUUUAUCGUCGUAUUUUACCGCAAAAAAUAUAAAAAAAUAAUAAUUUUUUGCAUUUUUCAGCUGAUAAUCGAAAAAGUUGGCCUUUCCAACUCCGGUCCCUACGUUUGUGUGGCGUCGAACAAAGCCGGAAGCGUUGAUGUUACAGUAGACUUGAUUGUUUUGGCACCACCAAAAAUUGUGAAAGCAAAUCCGCCAAAAGUUGUAAUCGGAAAACCGUUCACUUUGAACUGCGACAUCGAAAAUGAAGAUGGAACGACCGCCUUCAAAUGGCUUUUCGUAGGUUUUAUUGAGCUUUUUUUAUUAAAAUAUGAGCUUACUGUAACAAGAAUACAAUUUAUUUCUCCAGAACGGCCGGGAAUCGCUUCCGUCGAACGCCCAGAUCCCGCUGAAUGGACGAAGAUUGAUAAUUCCGAGAGCCACCGAAGAAAACGACGGAAUUUAUACGUGUGUCGCGAUCAAUCAGGUCGAUGAGGAUACCCAAGACUUCAGUGUGGAAGUCAAUGGUGAGUUUGGAAGCAUUUUUUUUUGGAAAAAAUUUUUUCGCACUGUGCGAAAAUUUCGGAUUUUUUGCACAGUGCAAGAAAAUAAAUUUGCCAAUUUUUUGCACUGUGCAAAAAAUUUAUUCUUCUUUGACUCUACAGUGGCGAAAUUUGUCUUCCUUCGGCGCACAUUACGAUAAAAUUGUCUUUUUUUUUGGAUGCACAGUGCAAAGAACUUGUUUUUUUGGCGCACUGUGCAAAAAAUUAUUCUUUUUGGACUGCACUGUGCGAAAAUUUUGUCCUUUUUUACCGCACAGUGCAAAAAAUUUGUCCUUUCUUUGAAUGCACAGUGCAAAAAAUUUACCUUCUUCUGAAUGCACAGUGCGAAAAUUUUGUUAUUUUUUACUGCACUGUGCGAAAAAUUUUUUGCUUUUUUUACUGCACGGUGUCAAAAUUUUUAAGGUUUUUUACUGCAAGUGCAAAAAAUUUGUUCCUUUCUGACUGCACAGUGCAAAAAAUUUAUCGUUGCGAAAAUUUAUUCUUUAUUAACCGCACUGUGCAAAAAUUUUAUGUUUUUUUACAGCACAGUGCUUAAAAUUUGUUCCUAUCUGACUGUACAGUGCAAGAAAUUUGUCCUUUUUUGGUUGCACAGUGCAUUAAAAAAGAAAUAAAUGCACCGUGCAAUUUUUAUUUUUCCAUUCCUCCGUGCUAAAAAAGUAAAAAAAAAAUUUUCAGUUCCUCCAACCUUGAUCGAUAAGACUCCCUAUGAUGAUACCAUCACCAUCGUGGAAGGGCAGAAACAAGUUCUCCGCUGUGAUGUCCGAGGCAAUCCACCGCCUCAAAUUCAAUGGUUCCGCGACGAUCACCUGAUUCCCGGCUCGGAAAAUCGGACUUCCAUCGAGGUGGAGGCGUUUGAUGAGACUGUGGACAAGAACCAUUAUUCUUGUGUCAUCAAGAACGAUGCGGGUUUGGCGACCAAGGACUUUUUCGUUCAGGUAAUUUUGAGUUGCGAUACUUUAAAAUUUUUUUUUUUUUUAUUUUUCACUGUGCAUAAGAAAUUUUUUAGUCCAUUGCACAGUGCAAAAACAAUUUUUUCUUCAGUCCAUUGCACAGCGCGAAACCGUAGGCUUUUUCCAACUAUUUAAUUGCACUGUGCAAAACUAUAGGCUUUUUUCAACUAUGAAAUUGCACUGUGCAAAACCAUAGGCUUUUUUCAAGGAAUCCUUCGAUUGCGACCCCGCUCGAUUGCGACCUCGCAUCGAUUGCGACCCCGCAUCGAUUGCGACCCAAAAUGGGGUAAAGCGACCCCGGGAUGAAAAUUCUUUGAUUCUCUUCGGGAAAAACUUGCUUUAGGGGUUUUCGAGGGUGCUGAUUUCGAAAAUCAUGUUCAUUUUUCCUCUAGUACUACAUAGUGCUGUCUGAUACUAUAUAGCACGAAGUGAAAAUAUCGCUUUUGACGUUAAAUACUCGAUUUAGGGGUUUUCGAGGGUGCUGAUUUCGAAAAUCAUGUUAAUUUUUCCUCUAGUACUACAUAGUACUGUCUGAUACUAUAUAGUACGAAGUAAAAAUAAGCGUACUAAGCACCAGAACAACACCACUAACGCCUAAAGGCCAACUUUACACCUCGUACUACAUAGUAUGAGAUAGUACUAUAUAGCACCAAGUGAAUAAAACGUGUUUUUGAAGAGUACUAAGCAUCAAAACAACACCAUUAACGUCAAAAGCCAUAUUUUGACUUCGUACUAUAUAGUAUCAGACAGUACUAUAUAGCACCAAGCCUUUAAAACGUGUUUUUGAAGAGUACUAAGCAUCAAAACAACACCAUUAACGUCAAAAGCCAUAUUUUCAAUUCGUACUAUAUAGUAUCAGACAGUACUAUGUAGUACUAGAGGAAAAAUUAACAUGAUUUUCGAAAUCAGCACCCUCGAAAACCCCUAAAUCGAGUAUUUAACGUCAAAAGCGAUAUUUUCACUUCGUGCUAUAUAGUAUCAGACAGCACUAUGUAGUACUAGAGGAAAAAUGAACAUGAUUUUCGAAAUCAGCACCCUCGAAAACCCCUAAAGCAAGUUUUUCCCGAAGAGAAUCAAAGAAUUUUCAUCCCGGGGUCGCUUUACCCCAUUUUGGGUCGCAAUCGUUGCGGGGUCGCAAUCGAUGCUUUGUCGCAAUCGAUGCGGGGUCGCAAUCGAUGGAAUUCUUUUUUCAACUACGAAAUUGCACUGUGCAAAAAUUUUUCCGCCCGCACUGUGCAAUGAAUUUUAAAAUUUGUCGUUUUGCACUGUGCAAUUUUUCUUCUGCCUGCACUGUGCAGUGAUUUUUUUACAUUUGUAAAAAAAAAUUUUUUCUCUGGCGUCGUGCUGCAUUUUUUUGCUUUGCACUGUGCAAUAUUUGUUAUUUCGUUGUGCACUGUGCAAUUUUUUUCUUUUUGCACCGUGCAUUUUUGUUAUGCACCGUGCAAAAUUUUUUUAACCGCUCUGCACACUGCAAUUUUUUCUACCGCUAUGCACAAUUCUGAUUUUUUUUGGUGCAAAUUUUUUAUUACUGUGCACAGUGCAAAUUUUUUAUUGCUUUGCACUGUGCAAAAUUUUUUAUGUUAUGCACUGUGCAAAAAAAUUUUUUUUUCAAUUUUUUCUACCUCUUUGCACAGUGCUGAUUUUUUUUGCUCCGCACGGUGCAAAUUUUUUAUUAUUUUGCACAGUGCCAAAUUUUUUUGUUAUGCACUGUGCAAAAAUUUUUUUUUUAAAUUUUUUCUUUCUAUUUGCACAGUGCUGAUUUUUUUUGCUCCGAACGGUGCAAAUUUUUUAUUACUUUGCACAGUGCCAAAUUUUUCUGUUAUGCACUGUGCAAAAUUUUUUUAAAUUUUUUCUACCUUUUUGCAAAUUGUUGAAUUUCUCUUCUUUGCACGGUGCAAAAAUAUUUUUUUUAUAAUAAAAAUUUUGCUUAUAAAACUUCUUUUUUUUCAUUUCUGUCCAAUAAAAAAUGAUUUUUUAGAGUAUUUUCGCUCCAAAGAUGGCUCAACUCUCUGAAGAGCAACGCGCGGUGGAUGCGUAUGAGGGUAACACGGCCACAUUUGAAUGUCCCGUCUCCUCGCUUCGUCUGGAGGACCUGGAGAUCAACUGGCUGCAGAAAGGGCGUCCCAUUUCCAUGGACUCCAAGCGCUACGCGCUGUCGUUGGACCGAACGCGUCUCACCAUUCUGGGGAUUCAUUUGGGCGACGAGGGAGAGUACACUUGUGUGAUUGCGAACAAGGCGGGCAAAGUGGCGAGCCAGUUCGAGCUGAAUGUUUUGGUGCCACCGAACAUUUUGGGAACGAAUUUCGAGGCCAUGGAGUUUGUGGAGGACAAGAGUUUGCAUCUGGAAUGUAUCUAUAAUGGAUUCCCAACGCCAAAAGUUGUGUGGACCAAGGAUGGAGGGAAAUUGCCGGCUGAGGCUAAAGUAAGGGCUGUAAUCGCGGAAAAAAGAGAAAAAAGUCCUGGGAAUUUUUUACGACUGAAAUUUCCAGCUCAAAAAUAAUCGAGAUUUUUUGCUCAAAACUUGUUGAAAAUUUGCUACUUUUUUACGAAUUUUUACAUGGAAAAUUUCGCUCUUAUUUCUACUGUAGAAAGCAGGGUUUUAACAAAAAAUCGACUUUUUCUACCUGAAACUGGCAGAGAAAUGGCCAAAAAAGUGUUUUUUCGCCAACCGCUCUCCGCAUUUCGCGCGCUCUCUCGUCGGCAAAGAUUGUUUAUAUUUUUUUGUCAAUUUUUGCAAAUUUUGGUUUGGUCUUUCUACAGUGGGGGACCUGAUCCAGUGGCAAAAACAUACCAUUUUGCAUCCGGAAAGUUUCAAAAAUAUGGCAAAAUGCUUCCCUCUCCAAGAGAAAAAACUCCGAUUUCAAAAGCGUACCGCUCUUUUUGGGAGGGAAGGGCGUUUAGGUGGAGAGGGAGGCAUUUUGACACAUUUUUGAUACUUCCCGGAUGCAAAAUGGUACCCUUUUUGCCACCUGAUCGGGUCCGUCACUGUAGGGACAGCCGAGAAAUUAAAAAUGAUCUUUUUCCACGAGAGAGUAAAAGAAAUGCGGAGCGCGGUAAGAGUGUAAACACUUUUUCGCCAUAUCUUUGCCAGUUUCGUGCAGAAAAAAUAGAUUUUUUUGUGUAAACAUUACCCUCUACGGAACAAACAGACAUGAAACUUUUAAUGACGAAAUUCGCAAAAAAAAUCGUCGAUUUUCCGCCAUUUUCCGAGAGAAAAUGCUAUUCUUUGUUGCAAUUUUUACUUGUUAUUUGUACGCAAUUCCAUUGAGAUCCAAAAAAACAAAUUUCAAUCGCUUUUCAGUCAUUUAUUUUCCGACUUUUCCACAUAAACCUUGCUUCAGGUGAUGACUGAAAGCCGCUUCCUUCACAUCGAAAAAGUCCGUCCAUCCCACGCCGGUGUCUACGCCUGUAACGUUGAAAACGACGCUGGAAAGGUCGUAAAAACACAUAACAUCACAAUCAUUCGAAAGCCAGCUCUCCUGUUGGGACAGCAUUCCCUUCAAGACCACAGUGUGGCCCAGUCCAAGAGCACGGUCCUGGAAUGCGCAAUCGAGCAUGCGCUGGGCACGGAGUUCAUCUGGCUGAAGGACGGCGCUCUGCUCAAGCCUGAGGCGGAGCAGAAAUUCAAGUUUAUGGAGAACGGAAGGAAAUUGCAGUUGACGGAUGUUGAGGUGGAAGAUCAGGGUCUGUACACUUGUUUGGUCCGAAAUAAGGCCGGAGAGGAGAAACAGGAGUUCCAGUUGGAUGUGAAAAGUAGGACAACGCCCCUUUUUUGAUAGGCCAGAAAGUAGUUGCGGCAAAAAGUCCUUCGAAGUUUUCCCAACCCUGCACUGUGCAAAGUCUCGAAAAAACAUUUUGCACCGUGCAUCGAAAUAGUGCUGCGACAUAAGCAAGUUUUACUGGGUCGCUGCGGCGGUGCCAGACAUUUAAACAACUUUUUUUGAGGCUCCGUCAAAUAUCUGUUGGAAUUUUCAUAAAGUGCGUGGACAGUGCUAUCGCGGUCCGCAUGCACAAACAACCCUCAUUUUGCACCGUGCGUUUCAUUCUUUCUUUGGUUUUUGCACUGUGCGGGGAAAUAUCGCCGCGACGGCGCCGGGAACUUGCACAGUGCAAACAGCUGUUUUUUGGUUUGCACUGUGCGAAAAGAGAAAAACGCACUGUGCGUUGGCGACAAGUAUGGGAGAGACUUCAGAAUGCACUGUGCAAACCGGAUUUUUUGAGGUUUGCACUGUGCGAAAACAGAAGAAUGCACUGUGCGCUAGCGACAAGCGUGGGAAAAAGUUCAAAAUGCACUGUGCGCCGCGAAAAAAGGCAUCGUUUUCAGCAAAGCCGGAGAUCCUCAGCCCCCACCGCGACUUCACCAUCGUCGAGAACGGCAGCCUGACCAUGGUGUGCGAGUCGAACGCCAAGCCCAAGCCGACGGUGAGUUGGUUCAAGAACGGCGCCAAACUGGCGCCGAACCCCAAAAUCAGCAUCAAAGCGGAGGGAGAGCAGCUGAAACUGUCGAAGCUGGACGUCUCCGACGCCGGCCACUACAUUUGCCGCGCGGAGAACGAGCUGGGCACGGCGGAGACCAGUUUCGGCGUGACGAUCAUACAAAAACCGGCGUUGUUGGACGUGAAAACGGACAAGAUUGACGCGCCGUUGGGCGAUUCGAUCUCGCUGAAUUGCCCGAUCAAGGACCCGAGCUUCAUUGGGAACAUUACUUGGCUCUACGACCUGAAACCGAUCGAUCCGACCGCAACGAAGUUCACGGUGCUCCAUAAUGGAAGGAAAUUGAUUGUUCAUGAGUAGGGGUUUUUUUAUGAAAUCAAAAUUUUUCCAUUUUUUUGAACUUUAGGAAAAAAAUUUGUGAUUUUUUCGGCCUGCGCCCUACCUUAAAAUCGAAAAUUUUUCAGCAGUUCUACAAUUCUUUUUGCGUAUUUUACCAAAUCCAAAAAAAAUUUUUUUAAUUUUGGAAAAAAAAAAUCGCGAUUUUUCCGACCUGCGCCCUACUUUAAAGUCACAAAUUUUCUAAAAAAUGUCAAAAUUGUUUUGACGUAUUUUACCAAAUCAAAAUUUUUUUUAAAUUUAGGAAAAAAAAUUUGCGAUUUUUCCGACCUGCGCCCUACUUUCAAAUCAAAAAUUUCUCAUAAAAGUCAAAUUUUUUUGACGUAUUUUACCAAAAAAAAAAAUUUUUUUUUUGGAAAAAAAACUUUGCGAUUUUUCCGACCUGCGCCCCACUUUGAAGUCAAAAAAUUCACAUAAUUGUGUCAAUUGCUUCGACGUAUUUUACCAAAUCAAAAUAAAAAAAAUCAAAAAAAAUAUUUUUUGAUUUUUCCGACCUGCGCCCGACAUUAAAUUAAAAAAUCAGUUUUUUGGAGGGACUACUAUCUUGAUGGACGUAAUGUGUGUCGCCGUAUUUUACCAAAGUUAAAUUUCGUAAAUAAAAAAUAUUAAUUCUUCCGACCUGCGCCCGAUCUUAAAUAAAAAAAAUUUCGGAUUUUUGGAAUGGUGUGCUGACAUAUCAAGAUUGAGUUUUAGUAAACUGCAUGGGCCAAGCUUUUCCAAAAUCCGGGAAUUUUCAGGUUAAUGGUCGGGCGCAGGUGGGGAAAAUUAAUAUUUUUUAUUUUUCCAAAAUUUCAGACUAAAAAAGGUUUUCCUCCAAAUCUUUUUUGUAAAAUACCUUUUUUUUUUGCAUUUUUAUUGCAAAAAUGUCAAAGGUCGGGCGCAGCUCGAAAAAAUUUAUAAGAAUUAAAAAUUUUAUUUUCGAAAUUUUAUAAAAUUUCAUAUUCACAAAAGAACAGCUAUCUUUUUUUGUAAUAGAAAGUUUUUUUGGGGCUAAAGGUCGGGCGCAGCUCGGGAAAAAUAUAAAAAAACCUUAUUUUCAGCGCCAAUCUCCAAGACCAAGGCACCUACACCUGUGUUGUGAAGAACUUGGCCGGCGAGAAUCGCGCCGACUACACACUGGACAUCAUGGUGCCCCCAUCGAUAGAGAUGCUCGAACGGGAUCGAAGACGGACCGUCGUGGAGAACGGGACGCUCGUGCUGGAGUGCGCGGCGAAUGGCAACCCCGAGCCGAUCAUUCGCUGGUAUCGGGACGGCCAGAAAUUGGACCACUCGAACGUGGCACUGGUCAUUCCGGGCGCGAGGUUCGCCGGCACCAGCCUCCGGCUGGAGAAUAUCAAGGCGGACACGGGCGGCGGCAGAUACACGUGCGAGGCGCAGAACGCCGCCGGCAUUGUGGAUGAGGACAUCUCGGUGGAGGUGAUGAGUAAGUAGUUAUGACAUGUUUUUUUUGUUAAAAGUUUUUUAGAGCCGAUAAAAGAAUGUAUCACUCUGUCGGGAAAAUAAUGAGCACAAUGUCGUUGGGCCGAUCGCGUCGCUAAAGUGAAAAAAUCGAUUUCGCAAUUCAUUUCCUUGGUGACGAAAAAAAAUAAAAAAAAAUCUGUCGGGAAAAUAAUGUGGAUUUGUCAUGGCUUGGAAUUGUCCAUUAUCGCUUUGCGCCGGCUAGCCGGAGCUGGAAAUCUGGUGUGUGAUUGCGACGAGGACAAAUCCACAUUAUUUUCCCGACAGUCUGGUAAAUCCACAUUAUUUUCCAUACAGCCUGAUAAAUCCACAUUAUUUUCCAGACAGUCUGGUAAAUCCACAUUAUUUUCCCGACAAUCUGGAAAUGCAAAUUAUUUUUCCGAUGGUCUGUUUAAUCCACAUAAUUUUCCCGACAGUCUGCUAAAUCCACAUUGUUUUCCCGACAGUCUGCUAAAUCCACAUUGUUUUCCAGACAGACUGCGAAAUCCACAUUGUUUUCCAGACAGACUGAUAAAUCCACAUUAUUUUCCAUACAGCCUGAUAAAUCCACAUUAUUUUCCAGACAGUCUGGUAAAUCCACAUUAUUUUCCCGACAAUCUGGAAAUGCAAAUUAUUUUUCCGAUGGUCUGUUUAAUCCACAUAAUUUUCCCGACAGUCUGCUAAAUCCACAUUGUUUUCCAGACAGACUGCGAAAUCCACAUUGUUUUCCAGACAGACUGAUAAAUCCACAUUAUUUUCCCGACAGUCUAGUAAAUGCACUUUAUUUUCCCGACAGUCUGAUAAAUCCACAUUAUUUCCCCGACAGACUGGUAAAUCCACAUUAUUUUCCCGACAGACCGAUAAAUCCACAUUAUUUCCCCGACAGACACAUAAUUUCUCGACUUUUCAGCCAAGCCCCGGAUCCAGCGUCUGAAUCAGCCCGCUGACCUCGAUGGCGAGAUCGGCGGACGAGUUGAGAUCCAUUGCCCAGUGCAGGGUACCCCCGCACCCUACGUUACCUGGUUGCGCGACGGGACGCCGCUGAACGCGGCCCCCCACUCCAACCAAAUCUACGUGUCGCACAACCAGCAGCGCCUGAACUUUGUGAGCCUGCAGCGCGAGCACGCCGCCACCUACACGUGCGUGGCGAAGAACGCGGCCGGCAACGACACACGCGACUUCCGUCUGCGCUUCCUCGAAGAGCCGCGCAUCGACGAGUCCAACGUGCCCGCCGAGCAUGUGUUCACCAUCAACAGCACGAUUGCGGUGCAGUGUCCGGCGGACGGGCGUCCCGACCCGACGAUCGCGUGGCUGCGCGACGGUGUGCCGCUCGGCGUGGCGGACGCGAUCGGAGCGAAAGGACAGGACGAGAGGGUGGUGUUGUUGAAUGGAGGGAAGGAGUUGAGGAUCGACAAGGCCAAAUUGAGCGAUGCGGGGAGAUACACGUGUGUGGCGACGAACAUCGCCGGUAUCGCCGAUAUGGACACCUUUGUCAAGAUUUUGGGUGAGUCGAGAUGCUCGUAAUUUUGGGUAUAUAUUAUAUACGUAUACACAGGGAACUCAAAAUCACUUAUAAAAACUUUUAUUUACUUAUAAAAACUUCAAGUUUUUAUAAGUAAAUCCGAAUCCCCUGUGUAUAUAUAUACCCGGGAAUAUAUGGCUCGGGACUUGUGAAUCUUUGUGUGUCCAGAAAAUAUGUCAUGAUGACACCGGUUUAAAAUGUGCCGGUUUUAUAAACAACAGUAGUAUAUGGCUAGAAGUACUCUCUGGAGUACCCACAAAAAAAAGUUAAGUUCAAAGCUGUUGCAAUGCGCAACUUGGAUGACGGAUUUUCUGGAUUUUUUUGAUUUUUUUCAGCGAAAUUUAUUCACAUGCUCUGCAGUGUACUCCUAGCCAUAUACAGCCGUUUUUUAUACCACUGGCACAUUUCCAACCGCUGUCAUCAUGACACAUUUUCUGGACAUACAAAGAUUUUUUUUGUACCGAACCACAUAUAUAAUAUAUACCCGGGAACAUAACCACGAGGUGAAAUUUUUUUUUCCGAACCCUAUUCUCUAUUCUUUCAGACAUCCCCAGAUUCGACGGCAAACCAACGUCCGCCACGCAGAACGUCGCCUCUUUGCUGAACAAGCCGGCCGUUUUGGAGUGCAAGGUGAAGAAUUGGGACGACAGUAUGGAAAUCGAAUGGAGAAAGGACGGGAGGACCAUUGGUGGGGCGAAAGGAGUUGUCGAGGGAAUUGAUGAGGAAUAUAUUCAGGUGAGCCGAAUUAUAUAGUGGUAUCCCUCUACAAAGGACCUCAAAAGUCUCGAAAACGCUUGUAAUAUAAUUUCAGUCUGUCGGGAAAAUAAUGCGCACUCUGUCGCAUCGAAAAUCGUGUUGCUGAAGUGAAAAGAAGUCUGAUUUUCACCGCGACACAAUUCAUUUUACCGACGGUGAUGCGAAUUUUCGCUGCGGCAGGGUGUUCAUUAUUUUCCCGACAGACUGAAAAAAGGGGUUUUUUAAGGUUCAUUGUGGUCUAAAAUGACUGCAUGGACCUUACGUUAGAACUCAAUUUGUUGUAGACAGGUUUUGUUGUCUUUGUUGGUUCUUGAGAGGUUCUGUAAUGGAAUCCCUAGGGACUCACACAUACCCUAUACUUCCCAAAACUCAUGACAAGUCUGCACAAUUCCGUUAGCAGAUCGCACGUCAAAAUUCACAAGUCUGUCGGGAAAAUAAUGUGGAUUUGGUGCAUUAAAAUGUCUCACCUCCUAGCUGUGGCCUCCAAAUCUCCAGCCGUGAGUAGCUGUCGCGAAGCGAUGAUGGGCUAUUCCAAGCCGCGACAAAUCCACAUUAUUUUCCCGACAGACUGAUAUCGGUUUGUCAGCAAAAUAAUGAGCGCUCUGUCGCAGCAAGAUGCCUCGCCUCAUCGCAACAAAUCCCCAGCCGCGGGGAGGGCUUUGCAAAUCGAUGAUGAGUGAUUCCAAGACGUGACAAAUCCACAUUAUUUUCCCGACAGACUGAUGAAUUUUGACGUGCGGUCUGCUGGUCGCAUUGUACAGAUUUGUCAAGACUUUUGGACCCAACCGAUAUGUGGUUCCCUAGGCAUUCCACUUAACAGUCUCCACCGCAAACCCCAUUGCAGAUCACCGACCACGGCCGCAAACUGCACAUCCUCUCGGCGCAAAAGUCGGACGCCGUCCAAUGGACCUGCAUCGUGAAGAACGACGCCGGCUCCGUGCAACAGAACUUCCGACUCGACAUCCUCGUGAAGCCGACCAUCGACGAGAAGAACUCGUCGCCGCCGCUGAUCGCCGCCCUUCAACGCGACCGCAUCGAGAUCCACUGCGCCGUGACGGCGAUUCCGAAGGCCCGAAUUGUGUGGCGCAAGAACGGGCAAGUCCUCGAGGACAAUGGCCAAUUCCACGACCAAAACCGCACGCUAGUCAUUGCGGACGCGCAGCGCAGCGACGAGGGCCGCUAUUCGUGCGAAGCGGAGAACAAUGUGGGCCGCUCCGCCAAGACGUUCAUGCUGCAGCUGAGCGCGCCGCCCGUCCUCGACGCAAAUGAUGCGCAGACGCACGUGCAAAAAGGCCAAGCGGUGGUGUUGAAUUGCGAACCCAAGAGCGGCAAUGGCCCAUUUGUCACGGAGUGGUACCGGAACAAGGAGCUGCUGCAAGAAGGCGCCAUUGGCGAUAUUGUCAUUGACAACACGAACCUGGUGAUCAAUAAUGCGCAACAGGAGCAUGCCGGCGAUUACUAUUGUGUGGUGGGGAAUUCGGCUGGACAGGACAGGAAGAACUUCAAGGUCACUGUGUUGCGUAAGCUCUCUUUUUUUGGGUUGUAGCGAGGGCCAAUGCGCUAUCUGAAAGUUUGCUGAAAAUGGCAGGGCGCAGCUCGCGUCUUGGGCGCAGCUCAAAACAAGCUGAAACUUAGCUCCGGUGAGCCGCGAAGGCUGGUUUUCCAAGCUGCCCAUUAGAUGCGAGCUGCGCCCUAUGAUUUUAUGGGAACUUUCAGAUAGCGCGUUGGCCCCAGCUCGAAUACACGCUGAAACUUAGCUCCGCCGAGCUGCAAAAGAUUGUUUUCCGAGCUGCCCCGAGAUGCGAGCUGCGCCCGUGCCAGUUUUUCGAGCUGCGCCCUACUAUUCUCGGCGGAAAAUAUUGUGUGUCCAGAAAAUGUGUCACGAUGACGCUGGUUUAAAGUCUGCCAAUGGUAUAAAAAGUAACUGCAAAUGAUUGUAGUACUCUCUGGAGCAUGUCAAAAAAUUCAGGGAAUUGCAAAUGAAAACAUCCAAAAAAUGCGUCAAUGACACUGCUUUAAAAUGUGUCAGUGGUGUAAAAAACUGUUAUAUAUGACGCGUAGUGCUUCCUAGAGCAUGUCAAAAAAUUUAGAGAAUUGCCAAUGAAAAAAUCCAGAAAAUCUGUCAUUCAAAUUGCAUGUUGCAAAAGCUUUGGGCGCAAAUUUUUUUGUAGGCACUCUAGGGAGUAGUGUUAGCCAUGUGCAGGUGUUGUUUGAACCGCUGACACGUUUUAAACGAGUGUCAUCGUGACACAUUUUCUGGACAUACAAGCGUAUGCUGUUAUGACCUAAGUUUAUGUCCAAAAUCUCAAAAAAUCUUGGUUACGGUCGCUUUUUUGGAUGGUUAUAGCACGUAAAACCGAUUUUUACCGCUUGUUAGCUCAAGUGCGACAAAAAAAAGUUACGAAAUUUUUUGAUUUCAAAGAGAAUUUUUUUUUUGAGUCGAUAGUCCUAUAGCACAAAAACAGUAGUUUCCCUCUCCAUUCGUCCGUAUUUCAGAGCGCCCCAAGUUCACGGACCUCUCCACCAUCACGCCGGCGUUGAUCUUCAACCAUUCGCUGAUAUUGGACUGCAAAGUUGAAGGGCUUCCGCCGCCGUUCGUCACCUGGCUCAAGGUCGGUUUGCUUUUUCCAACCCUUUAUCACAUUGCGAAAUUCACAAAAAUUUCAAAAAACUAUAAAACAAUCUUUAUUUACACAAGUAAUCUGACCUGUACAAGUAGUUUGACAAACGAAAAGACCAAUUUUGGGGUUGGAGUUUGGGCAGUUGAACGGAUAAAACAUGGACAGAAGUGGGAUAAAUGUGGGAUAAACUUGUGGGAGAAGCUGCGUACGAUAAAUCGAGUUUGUAUUGGAGAAAAGUCCCAUAUGAUGAGAUUACCCGAGAGUUUCAGUGGUAUAGGCGGACAAAACCCACCUGCAUUGGGUGGAAAUGAAUGGAAAGUCGAUGAAAAUGGGUUAUAA